AUGUAUAAGGGCGGUGCCGAGGAAGACAUUGCCUUGCUUAAGUUCUAUGGAUGGGACUUGCCUCUUGAGUGUGCUCGGAUACUUUGCGUUUCGACCAUGCUUUUGAAGAAAGGUGCUGAGAAGGGUCUCACCUCAUUUGCCAUAGGUAACAUUAUGUGUAGAAAAACGGUGAAGAAUGAAUCCGUGAUGGAGGAGAUAGUUCAAGAAGCUCUAGAUUCCGUGCUCCCCUGCUCGAGUGAAGCGGCACUCCUUGAAUCCAUCUCUUGCAUAAUGAAUCGUCGUUUUGAGGAUAUCAUUUAA